GAGAGAGAGAGAGAGAGAGAAAGGGAGAGAGCACAGAAGCGCACCGUGCCAGAGCAGGAGCAGGAGCGCAGAGGAGGAGCAGGAGCAGGAGCCGGACGUGUGCGCGUAAAAGCUGUACCGCUGAAGUGAAGCAAGUCUUUACCAGAGUGUUGUCGAACUGCUGACAAGAGUCAGUCAAGGAAGGAGACCCAGAAACACCGCAGGGUCAUGACGCGCGCCUAGAGACGCGCGCCUAGAGACGCGCACACGUUGCUGAAAGUUAACGCGCUAUCGCAGAAGAGGCAGCGGCGGAUCCUCGGUGUCUCCACCGUCGCGGCACAAUCAUGAAGAGUUCGGCUGUUCCCCUGCUCUUCGCCCUCACACUCAGCGUCGCGCUGCGGCUCACGGACUCUGCGGCGUGUCAAGGAUGUGCAGGAUCAAAAUGUGACUGCAGAGGAGUGAAGGGAGACAAGGGUGAACGUGGUUUUCCAGGUCUGACUGGACAACCUGGAGUUCCAGGAUUCCCUGGACCUGAGGGGCCCAUUGGCCCCAGAGGGGAGAAGGGCAGUGAGGGGCCUCAUGGACUUUCUGGUCCAAAAGGAAUUAGGGGACCUUCAGGAUUACCAGGAUUCCCAGGAACGCCAGGACUUCCUGGUCUGCCUGGUCAGGAUGGACCUCUAGGACCCAGAGGAGUUCCAGGAUGCAAUGGAACUAAGGGUGAACGUGGUUUUCCAGGAGCAGGAGGAAUUCCAGGACAGUCUGGACUGCCGGGCCCACCAGGUCUGACUGGACCAAAGGGCGACCCAGGUGACAUCAUCUCCACCAAUCAGUUUGGAGAAAAAGGAGCCGUGGGGUUACCUGGUUUACCAGGGGUUCCUGGUUCUCCAGGAUCUCCAGGUCUUCCAGGCCCUACCGGUCCUUUAGGACAAAGAGGCUACGAGGGUCGUCCAGGUCCUCCUGGUCCUCCAGGGCCAAAGGGGAACAUGGGUCAGAACUUCCAGGGUCCUAAAGGAGAGAAGGGUGAACCGGGUCUUCAAGGACCUCCAGGUCCUCCAGGUCAGGUUGGAGAACAAAACAGACCUUCAAUCACAGAGAUCCAGAGAGGAGACAAGGGUGAUCCAGGACCUCCAGGACCCAGAGGUGACCAAGGUUAUCCUGGUUCUCCUGGGCCCUCUGGUGGAGCAAAGGGGGAGAAAGGAGAAGCAGGAGAAGCAGGAAAAAGAGGCAAACCAGGCAAAGAUGGAGACCCUGGUCCUCCAGGCUUCCCUGGAACCAAAGGUGAUGGAGGUUUACCUGGUUCUCCAGGAAGAGACGGAGAGAGAGGUCAAAAAGGAGACCGUGGUUUCCAAGGUCCACCUGGACUGGUGAUUGGUGGACAGACUGGAGGUCAGGUUGGUCCCAAAGGUGAACCUGGUUUCCCAGGAUCUCCUGGAUAUAAAGGAGAACGAGGACCCCCAGGUCUGACAGGACCACCUGGAACUCCAGGUCUCCCUGCAAUCGGAGGCAGUGGCCAGCCUGGAUCCCCAGGUUACCCUGGAGAGCGGGGUCAGAAGGGAGAGUCAGGUGCCCAAGGAAUCACACUACCAGGUCCUCCAGGUCGCACAGGAGCUCCAGGUCCUCAGGGUCCUCAGGGACCACCUGGACCUCCUGGCUUUUCCACUGGACAAAACUGUGAACCUGGAAAUCCUGGACGUCCAGGUGUUCAGGGAGAACGAGGGUACCCCGGAGAGUCCGGUCAGAAAGGUGAGAAGGGUGACACCUGCGUCAACUGCUAUGGAGGAACCAAUCCUAUUCCAGGACCUCAAGGACCUCCAGGACAACCUGGACUUCCAGGAAUCCCUGGCAGCCCGGGAACAAAAGGUGACAGAGGUUUUCCAGGAGCUCCUGGUACUAUCGGUCCCGCAGGAAAUCCUGGUUUUCCAGGUACCCCUGGAUUAACAGGAGAGAAAGGAGACCCAGGUGAGGCCAUCACAGUGAGCGGGAUCAGGGGGGACAAGGGUGACACUGGCUUCCCUGGGCCUCCUGGUUUGCCUGGUCUGGAUGGACGACCAGGUCGUGAUGGACAGCCUGGUCUUCCUGGGCCUAAAGGAGCUUCUGGAUCCCUGCUUGUUAAAGGUGAAAGGGGGACUCCUGGUGAGCCCGGUGCAGCUGGUAUUCCAGGGGACAGAGGUCCCCCAGGAUCUCCAGGCUUUGGACCUGCAGGGCCUGUAGGAGAGAAGGGUGUCCAAGGUGUCUCUGGAAGACCUGGAGCUCCAGGUCUACCUGGUGCUAAAGGAGCCCCAGGUCAGGCAACUGCAGCCAAAGGUACACCAGGACUCAGAGGAGAGGAUGGAGAGCCUGGAUUGCCUGGAACACCAGGUAGUCCAGGUUCUCCUGGGCAGCCCGGUUUUCCUGGUUUGCCAGGGGCUAAGGGUGAUCCCGGACUUCCAGGAAUAGGACUUCCAGGACCCCCAGGAUCAAAAGGAUUCCCAGGUAUUCCUGGACAACCGGGAGCUUCUGGUGGACCAGGGAGACCAGGAAUAGAUGGACUACCUGGGCAGCCUGGAUUACCUGGAUCCAAGGGUGAACCUGGCUAUGGACUUCCUGGCCCUCCUGGUUUAUCUGGAGUACCUGGAGCUAAAGGUUUGCCAGGACCAAAGGGAGAUCCUGGUUUUCCAGGCAAUCCUGGUGCACCAGGAAGAUCCGGCUUUGAUGGCUCCUUUGGACCCAAAGGUGAGCCUGGUAUCCCCGGUAUCCCUGGAGCUCGUGGUCCACCUGGACCUCCCUCUAUCGGUUCCUUGGGCGAGCCAGGUCCUACUGGACCUCCAGGCCCAGUUGGUUCACCCGGUUACCCUGGUCAGAAUGGGCAGAAGGGAGACCCUGGCCCUCCAGGUCUAGAUAUCCCAGGUCUACCAGGGGAUAGAGGAAAUCCAGGUCUUCCAGGAUCUCCAGGAUCGAUUGGACCACCAGGACCUCCAGGAGGACCUGGACGAGAUGGUCUACCUGGGCUGCCAGGACAGAAAGGAGACACAGGACUUGUUGGACCACCAGGACCAUCAGGAGGACCCGGAGGCCCAGGAGGACUUGGAGCACCUGGACCUAAAGGUGAACCAGGAUUCCCCGGCAGAGAUGGAGGACCAGGUGGUCCUGGUGUCAAGGGAGAGAGGGGUGACCCUGGUGUUGCAGGACCACCUGGUACCAUUGUGACAUCACAAGCCACAAAGGGUACCAAAGGAGAGCCAGGACUACCAGGUGCACCAGGCUUUCCUGGUCAAAAAGGAAUUUCUGGUUUGCCUGGAGACUCUGGGUUGCCAGGAGGAGAUGGUCGCCCUGGACUUCCAGGACCAGCAGGUCCUAAGGGAGAUUCUGGAUUCCCAGGAACCCCAGGUGUACCAGGAGGUCCUGGAGCAAAAGGAAGCAUGGGAGAAAUGGGAUUUCCAGGGCCUUCGGGACAGAAGGGUCUACCUGGUCAGUCAGGACGGCCAGGAUCCCCAGGACAACCAGGAUCACCUGGUUAUCCCGGAACUAAAGGUGAUCCAGGCUCUACAGGAGUGGGACCACCAGGAAUACCUGGACCUAAGGGUGAGCCAGGCCAGCCAGGGUUCCCAGGAGGUCCAGGACUCAAAGGAGCACCUGGAGCACCAGGUCUUCAAGGUUUACCUGGAGGACCAGGUACCAAAGGUGAUCCUGGUCUCCCAGGAUUUCAAGGUCCUCCUGGUAGUCCAGGUCCGAAGGGUCUUGAUGGUGGCCCUGGUGGCCCUGGUCUUAAUGGAGCUCCCGGAAGACCAGGAGAAUCUGGCCGUCCAGGAUCAGCAGGGUUGCCAGGAGAGAAAGGUCAGCCUGGUCGUGAUGGAAUUCCAGGACCAGCUGGAAUCAAAGGAGAACCAGGUCUGCCUGGUUAUGGUGGUCCUGGUCCCUCUGGUCUUCCUGGUUUACCAGGUGCUAAGGGAGACCCAGGUCUUCCUGGUCCAUCCGGAUCUCCUGGAUUCCCUGGCUCCAAAGGAGAGGCAGGUUUCCCUGGUAACCCAGGUGCUCCAGGAAAUAUCGGACCCCCUGGGCCACCUGGACUGGCUCUGCAGGGCCCAAAAGGACUUCAAGGUCCACCUGGUCCACCUGGAAGAGCAGGUCCUACAGGUCUUCCAGGCCCCGCUGGCCCAGAGGGUCCACGUGGACCCCAAGGAAGUGGCGGCGUCAAAGGCGAGAAAGGAAUUCCCGGUUCUCCAGGGCAGCCAGGUUAUGGAGGACAGAAAGGAGAAAGUGGAGUUCCAGGAUUUCCUGGGCCCUCUGGUCUCCCAGGUUCUCCUGGUCUUAAGGGAGACAUUGGUCUUCCUGGCGUUCCUGGAUUUCCUGGACCAAAGGGAGAUUCCGGCCUGCCCGGUGGAAGUGGUCUUCCAGGAGACCCUGGAGAUGUUGGACUUCCUGGACUCCCUGGUGACCCCGGUAUUGCCCCAGCUCCAAUAGUUGUUAAGGGUGAACAAGGUCCUCCUGGUCCUCAGGGUCAAGGUGGUCCUCGUGGACCACCUGGUUCUCCUGGACGUGAAGGACUCCCAGGUCAACCCGGUAACCCUGGUGACCCAGGACCUGAGGGUCCUCCUGGAUUCACUGGUCCAGCUGGUAGAAAGGGAGAUCCAGGACCUGCUGGUCAACCUGGUCAGCGAGGUUUCCAAGGUCCUCCUGGUUCUGAUGGUCCGCAGGGUCUUCCUGGUCUCCCAGGAACUGCCUCAGCAGCCCAUGGAUUCCUCAUCACCAGACACAGCCAGACCACUGAAGUUCCCUAUUGUCCUGAAGGAACAGGCCUCAUCUAUGACGGAUACUCCCUGCUGUACGUGCAGGGCAACGAGAGAGCACACGGACAAGACCUGGGAACUGCUGGCAGCUGUCUACGCAGGUUCUCCACAAUGCCCUUUAUGUUCUGCAACAUCAACAACGUCUGCAACUUUGCCUCUCGCAACGACUACUCCUACUGGCUGUCCACACCAGAACCAAUGACGAUGUCCAUGGCCCCCAUCACAGGAGAGGGCAUCAAGCCCUACAUCAGCAGGUGUGCUGUGUGUGAAGCUCCAGCCAUGGUCAUCGCGAUCCACAGUCAGACCAUCCAGAUUCCCGCCUGUCCUUCCAGCUGGGACACUCUAUGGAUCGGCUACUCCUUCAUGAUGCACACCAGUGCUGGUGCUGAAGGCUCAGGUCAGGCUUUAGCCUCUCCAGGUUCCUGCCUGGAGGAAUUCCGCAGCGCCCCCUUCAUCGAGUGCCACGGCAGGGGAACCUGCAACUACUACGGAAACUCCUACUCCUUCUGGCUGGCCACGGUGGAACACUCUGAGAUGUUCAGGAAGCCACAGUCUGAGACUCUGAAGGCAGGGAACCUGGGAACGCGCGUCAGCCGCUGUGUGGUCUGCAUGAAGAAGACGUAACAACAAGGACCUUUGACCUAAACAAAGGUGCUACUGUGUGACACAGCCUCAAACGUCAACCCUUAACUUUCACUCUUUGUUUUUUAGUUCAUAUAAGAAGUACCUCAGAAUGAAAGAGCACACUUUUGUCCACCAGGGUGCCCUGAUGGAUGUUUGGAGACAUAAAUGCUUUUUUCACUCUCUUUGUCUUUACUUUUUAAACCAAACAGCCACAGGUUUGUUUGUCUCUGUUUGUUUGUUUGUUUGGUUGAGUUUUUCUGGACGGCGGUCACCAAGCGGGCACUUUGACUUCACAAACAUCCAGGCUGUGAUGCACUGACCAUGAGUUUUCUUCAGCCAGACUGACGCAGACUCCUCUCAUUCUCCUCAAUAGUCCCUUUUUCCCCUGUCCUCACGUGUGCUGGUCUUAAAACCAGGCCUUUGCAGCAGCCUGCUAAUGCUAAUGCUAACCACUAGCCCCCCACCUUCUCUGUAUUUUUUUUUAUUUGUAAGUAAUAAAAUGUGUAUAUUGUGUAAAACAGCCUGUUUUUAGUGUGUUAGGGAUUUUUUUCAGUCAGUAUCAGCGGUUUGUGUUUCUUUUUACCCGUACACAAACGCACACACACACAGAGGAAAAGCAAAUACAUUCAAGGCCAUUUCACAGUUUUGAGCAAAAUAUUUAUUCACUUUUCUGAAAAAGUAUAAUAUUUGUAAACCACUGCAAAACGCACAGUUUUGUGGACAAAAAAAAUUCUGAUAAAAUUAUAUGUAUAGGUUUAUUAAAAAAAAAUCUGAUUUUUAUUAUGGUAAAAAAAAAAUCAUAAAUGUAUUCCAGUCAAGUGUCCUUACCUAAGUUUUAUUUUAUACAUGUCUUUGUUUCACACUCAUUCACUCACUCACUCUCUCACUCAUCAGCUCAUAAUGUACAAAGUCAAUCUUCUAUGAAUAAAACAGUAUUUUAUAUAAAAAUGAUAAAUCUAUAUUUGAAAAAGAGAAUUAAGGGUAUCAUGAACUUUUACCAGGUUUAUUUUUCCAUAGAAAUGGUUGUAACUACUGAUGUAGAACAAAGCAACAGCAGCAGCAGGUUUUUUUCUAUUCUAGGUCUAUGUUAAUGUUAACCAUAAACAGCCCACUGUGUUUGUAUAGAAUUAACCAUCAGAAUAAACAUGUCUAAAGUGGGAUUUCCUUCUUCUUCUUCUUCUUCUUCUUCUUCUUGUAGCUGUGUUUAGUUUUUACUGAUCUGGGGGGAGGAAUCAGAUUCACACAUGGAUUUAGUUUUUAGUUUGUUCUCCUCUUUAAAACAUUUCCAGGUGCUGGGGUAAGUUAAGUAAAGAUUAUGGAAAUGUACUUGUUUUCACUUGAAACCUGGUUUGUGUGAAUCAGGUGUGAAUAAGGUGUGAACAUGCUCCUGUGGUUGUGUCUGUAACUGUGAGGGAGGGGAAGGCAUUCACUUCCUAUGAUUUUUUUUUAAUUGUUAUUUUAAAUCUGCUUUAAUGAAUUCAAAUGUUAUCAGUUGGCAGAGAAUUUAAAGCAAAUGUGUUUUUGUUUUGUUUUUUUUUUCCUGUAUUUUUGUUAUGUUACUCAGAAGUUGUUAUAAACUUUUAAAGACUGAAAUAAACACAGUGUCCAAAUGUGUGGUCUCCUGAUGAACUCAGGCCACUCAGAAAGAAGGUUUCGUCAAGAAAUUCAAAAAUAUACUAACAAGUAGCCCAGAGCUGACCGAAACUGUAAAUAAGAAAUCACUAAACGUUUAAUAAAAUACAGCAAAAUCA